AUGGUGAAUAAUAAUCAAAUUGUUUUUAUAACAAUAGUUGUUAUUAUUAUUACACUCGCGUUAUUUCAGCGUCCAAUAUUUGAAUUGUUGCAAAAUCGUCGAAUAGAAUCACCAAUUAUCGAUAUAUAUGCCCAUUCUCGAUCGCUUCCUGUUCAUGGUUUAGUUGAUCCGGCAUGUAGUCGCACAAAAAAUGUUUAUGUUUGUGCUGGCAUCUGUCCUUGGUCUAACACACAGAAUAACGAACGUAUUGCAUGUUCCUUUCUUCCGCUCACACCACUUGGUAAACCAAAACCGCCAUCAGCAACAAGUAUUCCAGCUAUACUCAAAACAUUACAAGAUGAAUGGGAUGGUUGUAUGCUUCAUAGUUUCACCCUACGUCAACAAUUACAAACAGCAAGACAAGAACUUUCGCAUGUGAUGUAUCAACACGAUGCUGCUUGUCGUGUUAUAGCCCGUUUAAACAAAGAAGUAACAGCUGCACGAGAAGCUUUAGCUACGCUCAAACCACAAGCUGGCAUUGCUCAAACAUCACAUUACGUCAAUGAACAAUCAAUGCAAACACCACAUCAAGGAGCUAUAGCUGAUGUUUCUCAAACAUCAUUAACAAUUGCUGAAGGCAUGACUGAUGAAAUAAUACAAAAAUUACACGAUAAAGCAUCAAUUCUAACACAACUACGUAAACAACGUGGUAAACAUGUACCUGAAGGUUUAACUACUGUCGAUGAAAUGAGAAACUUUCGUUGUUCAGCAACUCAUACAGCAUUGCAUAGUGCUAGCAGCCCAGGUAUAUUAGCACUUGAUGUAUCGCCGAAAAAUCCCAGUAUAGUCCUAACUGGUGGCAACGAUCGUCAAGCUGUUGUAUUCAAUAAAGAUAGCGAACAAGUUGUUGCAACACUUAAAGGGCAUCAGAAAAAAGUUACACAUGUCAUUCAUCACUUUGAAGAAGAUAUUGCUAUCACAGCAAGUUCCGACGCAAGCAUUCGCGUAUGGCAUAUUCCAUCAGCGCAAUGUUUAAAAGUACUUAAAGCUCAUGAAAGUCCUAUAGCAGGUCUUUCACUCCAUCCAACAGGCGAUUAUGUUUUAUCAAGUUCAAGUGAUGCAUAUUGGGCUUUGUCAGAUUUACGUACUGGUAAAUUAAUAACAAAAGUUCAAGAUGCAACAUCGAAAAGAGGAUUAACAUGCGCUCAAUUUCAUCCUGAUGGUAUUAUAUUUGGUGUUGGUACACAAGAAGGUGUGAUUAAAAUUUGGGAUUUGAAGGAAUCUAAUAAUGUUGCUGAUUUUCCCGGUCACUCUGGAAGCAUAAAUUCGAUUGCAUUUUCUGAGAAUGGAUAUUACUUAGCAACAGCUGCCGAUGAUGCAUCAAUAAAAUUAUGGGAUUUACGUAAAUUAAAAAAUUUUAAGACUAUUACACUUGAAGAUCGCUAUGAAAUACGUGAUCUUGUUUUUGAUCAAAGUGGCAUGUAUCUCGGAGUAGCUGGUACUGAUGUCCGAGUAUAUCAAGCCAAACAAUGGGAUUUACUUAAAGUAUUUAACGAUCAUACAGCCAUAGCAACUGGCAUUCGGUUUGGUUCAAAUGCUAACUAUUUGGCAAGUUCAAGUGUGGAUCGAUCUUUAAAAUUCUAUCAACAACUUACACAAGAAUAG